AUGAGUGAAAGAUCAUUGCGUCGUCUGGAAUUCGAUCGUGAAAAUACUUUCUAUGAACUUCUUUGCUCGUCUAAUGAUAUAUCGAUAAUUCAAUCAAGCCAAACGAGUGAUCCAGCAUGGAUGAUGGCACUCGGUCGAUAUUUGAAGAAAAUUCGAGUUGAUUCUCAUCCAAUCAGUUCGAAUUGUCUUCUUUAUCAGUCAAUCGAACGUAUUUUAAAUGAAAAUCAUCUUAUUACUCGUUCAUUACUCUUAAUCUUAAAACAAUGUGUUUACCUUUAUCCAGACAAACUUGUUAAUCUAUCUUUUCAACGUUAUUUAUCACAAGCUCUAUUAACUCUCAAAGAUCCUUAUCUAAAAUAUAAAUAUGUUCGUCUUCUUCGUUUAAUCAUUGCUGACAUUGACGAACACGAUUUACGAAAAGUUCUUCCAUCGACUAACGAUAUUUUAGACAAUUAUCAUCAGAUGGAUAGUUCAAUCAUGAUCGUGUUAGAAAAUCGAGUUUUAACGACGGGUGAUAAUCAACUCCAAUCUCGAUUGAAUGAAUUGUAUCAACGAACACUUCUCGAAUAUUUCAAAUCGAAUGAUUUCGACGAUGACGAACUAAUUGACCUUUGUCAAAUCUUAUUUCAAAUUAAUCGAAAUAUGUCUCUUCAAUGUUUAUUUACCAUUCCAAAUCUUUUCAAUGAUCUAUUACACUAUAUUGAUUAUGACGUUGAUACAAUGUUGAAUUGGCUGCUAACUCCUGAAACUGGAGAAAAAUUUCUCAUAUUUAUCCUUCAUAUGGGACGUGUAUUUUUAGAACAUCUCGGCGGACAACGCAUCUUUUCGUGUGCUCAUUGUGAUACACCAUUAACAAAUCGCAAUGAAUUAGUUUCAACACGAUUCACAGGUGCAACUGGCCGAGCAUUCCUUUUCAGUCGGGUUGUAAAUACCAAACAAAGUGCUGUACAGGAGCGAAUGAUGCUGACAGGUCGACAUUUCGUACGAGAUGUAUGUUGUAAGAAAUGCGAUGCUAAACUCGGCUGGAUGUACGAAUUUGCCACGGAAGAAUCUCAACGUUACAAAGAAGGACGAGUUAUUCUCGAACGUGCAUUGAUUAAUGAAAGUGAUGGCUUUUGA